AUGAUUGAUGCUUUGGAGAUCUGGAAGAAUGCUCCCGCGGGCGGGGGAGCCGCCGAGGAGCGGGCCGCACCAUCGCGGCUAGAGAGGGGGGAGCGGUCCUCGCUGGGUCCCGCCGCGCCCGGCAGGAGCAGGAGGAGCCACAAGAAGGCCGGGGCCCGCGGUUCGCAGCUCUUGCCGGCCGACUCCGAGGAGUCUGGGGUGGUGGCGCGGCGGAAGGAGAAGCGGCUUCUGCAGGCGGUGGCGCUGGUGCUGGCGGCCCUGGUCCUUUUACCCAACGUGGGGCUCUGGGCGCUGUACCGCGAGCGGCAGCCCGACGGCACCCCUAGGGGAUCCGGGGCAGCGGUGGCCCCGGCAGCCGGACAGGGCUCACACAAUCUGCCAAAGAAGACCUUUUUCUUGGGAGAUGGACAGAAGCUGAAGGACUGGCAUGACAAAGAAGCCAUCAGAAGGGAUGCUCAGCGCGUAGGAAAUGGAGAACAAGGGAAGCCCUACCCCAUGACUGAUGCUGAGAGAGUGGAUCAGGCGUACCGAGAAAAUGGAUUUAACAUUUACGUCAGCGAUAAAAUCUCCCUGAAUCGCUCGCUGCCUGAUAUUCGGCACCCAAACUGCAACAGCAAGCGCUACCUGGAGACGCUCCCCAACACCAGCAUCAUCAUCCCCUUCCACAAUGAGGGCUGGUCCUCCCUCCUCCGCACCGUCCACAGCGUACUGAACCGCUCGCCCCCGGAGCUGAUCGCCGAGAUUGUGCUUGUCGACGACUUCAGUGACCGAGAGCACCUAAAGAAGCCCCUCGAAGACUACAUGGCCCUUUUCCCCAGUGUGAGGAUUCUCCGAACCAAGAAACGGGAAGGACUGAUAAGGACCCGGAUGCUGGGGGCCUCAGCAGCAACUGGGGAUGUCAUCACAUUCUUGGACUCACACUGUGAAGCCAACGUCAACUGGCUUCCCCCCUUGCUCGACCGCAUCGCUCGGAACCGCAAGACCAUCGUGUGCCCCAUGAUUGAUGUGAUUGACCACGACGACUUUCGGUACGAGACACAGGCCGGGGAUGCCAUGCGGGGCGCCUUUGACUGGGAGAUGUACUAUAAGCGGAUCCCGAUCCCACCAGAGCUGCAGAAAGCUGACCCCAGCGACCCAUUUGAGUCUCCCGUGAUGGCUGGCGGGCUGUUCGCCGUGGAUCGGAAGUGGUUCUGGGAGCUGGGCGGCUACGACCCAGGCUUGGAGAUCUGGGGAGGGGAGCAGUAUGAGAUCUCAUUCAAGGUGUGGAUGUGUGGAGGCCGCAUGGAGGACAUAUACAUAUAUAGAAGGCUUAAAAACACAGUGGGGGUAGAGUCUUUGAUGCAAUGUAAAAACCUCACCCCCCACCCCCACCCUCCGCCCCCACUCCCCGGACCUUUUGCACCCACUGCUGGCCUCAGCCCUUCAGAGAGCCUGACCCUUGCACCUGCCUGUCCCCUCCAGAACCUAAAGCGAGUGGCAGAGGUGUGGAUGGACGAGUAUGCGGAACACAUCUACCAGCGCCGGCCUGAGUACCGCCACCUCUCGGCUGGGGACGUAGCUGCCCAGAAAAAGCUCCGCAGCUCCCUUAACUGCAAGAGUUUCAAGUGGUUUAUGACCAAGAUCGCCUGGGACCUGCCCAAGUUCUACCCACCGGUGGAGCCUCCAGCCGCAGCCUGGGGGGAGAUCCGCAACGUGGGCACAGGGCUGUGCACAGACACAAAGCACGGGGCCCUGGGCUCCCCGCUGAGGCUGGAGAGCUGCGUCCGGGGCCGUGGGGAGGCUGCCUGGAACAACAUGCAGGUGUUCACCUUCACCUGGAGAGAGGACAUCCGGCCUGGAGACCCCCAGCACACCAAGAAAUUCUGCUUUGACGCCAUCUCCCACACCAGCCCUGUCACCCUCUACGACUGCCACAGCAUGAAGGGCAACCAGCUGUGGAAAUACCGCAAAGACAAGACCCUGUACCACCCCGUCAGUGGCAGCUGCAUGGACUGCAGUGAAAGCGACCACAGGAUCUUCAUGAACGCCUGCAACCCCUCCUCCCCCACCCAGCAGUGGCUGUUCGAACACACCAACUCAACAGUCCUGGAAAAAUUCAACAGCAGCUGAGCCCUCCGGUUCCCGUCCAGGCCUGGCGGGGUCCCCUCCGGCACUCACUGCCGCCGCCACCCUCUCCCGACGGAGGCGGGGCUAUCGUGGGCCCCGUCAUGGAAGAGGUGCUGGCCCAUCGGGUCAGGGCAGAGGGGACUCUUGAAGCUGGGCAAGGUGUCCCCCUGGCCCGGGGGGGCCCUGAGUGAUGGAGCUGCAGUGGAGAGCAGACCCCACAGGAGGC